CAGCGCUGGAGAUGCCUGUGUUUGUUGGAUGUUGAGGAUUAAAGAUGGCCACCAGCAGGAGGAGCGGGGAUAGUAACCACUUCGGAAUUACGGCAUUAUUUAUCAUGUAUGAAUAAUAAUAAUAAUAAUAAAAAGAGGACGAGAAAGGCGCCUUCGACAUUUUUUGCAAAUACACAUUCCUUUCCUCGACCCCGCUCCCUGACGAUAUAUGCACCGAUUCAUUGCGCCGGCUUCGUCCUGAGAAAGCAGCACAAGAUGAACAUGGUGAAGAGGAUCAUGGGCCGGCCGCGCCAGGAGGAGUGCAGCCCGCAGGACAACGCACUGGGCCUCAUGCACCUGCGGCGCCUCUUCUCCGAGCUCAGCCACCCGCCGCGUCACAUGACCCAGAAGGAACAGGAGGAGAAGCUGUAUAUGAUGCUGCCCGUCUUCAACCGGGUUUUUGGGAGUGCCCCUCCCAGCACGAUGACGGAGAAGUUUUCUGACCUGCUGCAGUUCACCACCCAGGUCUCCCGGCUGAUGGUGACGGAGAUCCGGCGACGAGCGUCCAACAAAUCGACAGAGGCAGCCAGUCGAGCUAUCGUGCAGUUUCUGGAGGUGAACCAGAGCGAGGAGGCGAGCCGUGGCUGGAUGCUACUGACCACCAUCAACCUGCUGGCCUCGUCUGGACAGAAAACGGUGGACUGCAUGACGACCAUGUCGGUACCCUCCACGCUUGUGAAGUGUCUGUAUCUGUUCUUCGACCUGCCGCAUUCACCCGAGACCCCGGGCGCGGCUCAGACGGAACUGCCACUGGCCGACCGCCGCGCUCUGCUGCAGAAGGUCUUCGUGCAGAUCCUGGUGAAGCUGUGCAGCUUCGUGUCGCCCGCUGAGGAACUGGCCCAGAAGGACGACCUGCAGCUGUUGUUCAGUGCCAUCACCUCCUGGUGCCCGCCCCAUAACCUGCCAUGGAGGAAGAGCGCCGGCGAGGUGCUCAUGACCAUCUCACGGCACGGCCUCAGCAUCAAUGUGGUCAAGUACAUUCAUGAGAAGGAGUGCCUGUCCUCCUGCAUCCAGAACAUGCAGCAGUCAGACGACCUUUCUCCUCUGGAGAUUGUGGAGAUGUUCGCCGGCCUCUCCUGCUUCCUGAAGGAUUCCAGUGACGUCUCACAGACUCUGCUGGACGACUUCCGAAUGUGCCAGGGAUAUACCUUCCUCUGUGACCUUAUGCUCAGGCUGGAGCAGGCCAAGGAGGAUGACUCCAAAGACGCCCUGAAAGACCUGGUGAACUUGGUGACGUCCCUCACCACGUACGGCCUGAGCGAGCUGAGGCCAGCCGCCCUCACCACAGGCGCGCCCUUCCUCCUGCCAGGUUUCGUUGUGCCGCAGCCCUCCGGCAAAGGUCACACAGUAAGGAAUAUCCAAGCCUUCUCGGUGCUCCAGAAUGCAUUCCUAAAAGCCAAAACCAGCCGCCUGACGAGCAUCAUCCUUGAUGCUAUCUCCAACAUCUACAUAGCCGACAACGCCAACUACUUCAUCUUGGAGGCACAGCACACGCUCUCCCAGUUUGGCGAGAAGAUCGCCAAGCUGCCGGAGGUGCAGGCCAAGUACUUCGAGCUGCUGGAGUUUGUGGUCUUUAGCCUGAACUACGUGCCCUGCAAGGAGCUGUUCAGCAUCAGCGUUCUUCUCAAGGCCAGUGCGUCCUACCAGUGCAGCAUCACCGCCAUGCGCACCCUGCUCAAGCUCAGCCGCCACGACCCCAUCUUCAGCGAGGUCUUCCGGGAGGUGGGCCUGCUCGAGGUGAUGGUGACCCUGCUGCACAAGUAUGCUGCUCUCAUGAAGGACCCCACGCAGGCCUACAAUGAGCAGGGUGAAUCGAGAAACAACCGAGUGGCAGAGGAUCAGAAGCAGCUGGCCUGGCUGGUGAUGGAGACCCUCACCGUUCUUCUCCAGGGCUCCAACACUAAUGCAGGUCAGUUCCGCGAGUUCGGCGGGGCCCGCUGUGUACACAACAUCGUGAAGUACCGGCAGUGCCGCGAGCACGCCUUGAUGAUCAUCCAGCAGCUGGUGCUGUCCCCGAGCGGCGAGGACGACAUGGGCACGCUGCUGGGCCUCAUGCACUCGGCGCCCCCCACGGAGCUCCAGCUGAAGACCGACAUCCUCAGGGCCCUGCUGGCGGUCCUCAGGGAGAGCCACCGCACGCGCACGGUCUUCCGCAAAGUGGGCGGCUUCGUGUACGUCACCUCGCUGCUGGUGGCCAUGGAGGGUUCCCUCUGCGCGUUGCCCCGGAACGGCUGGGAGAAGGCCAACCAGAAGCAGGUCUUCGAGCUGCUGCACACGGUCUUCUGCACGCUGACGGCCGCCAUGCGCUACGAACCCGCCAACUCGCACUUCUUCCGCACGGAGAUCCAGUACGAGAAGCUGACCGACGCCGUGCGGCUGCUCGGCUGCUUCUCCGACUCCAAGAAAGUGGGCCGAGCCGCCGUGCUGCCCUCCAACUCGCAGCCGUUCCAGAGGCUUCUGGAGGACGACGCCGUGCUGGUGGACAGUGUGUGUCCCACGCUGAGGCACUGUAGCAAACUCUUCAUUUAUCUAUACAAAAUGGCCACCGACUCCUUCGACAGCCGUGCUGAGCAGGUGCCCCCCUGCCUGACGCAUGAGAGCUCCCUGCCCUCCCCCUGGGGAACGCCAGCGCUCACCCGGAAGAGACACGGCUAUGGGAUGUCGGCCGCCGCCCCCCCUGCCUCCAAGGUGGUGGCCGACCUGAAGUUUCAGCUGGGAAAUGGCGCGCAGCCCUCCUCCGACGUGGUGAUCAUCCACCCCGGGGGGGCACUGGCCAUGCUGGACCUGCUGGCCUCGGUCAGCUCGGAGAGCCAGCCUGAGAGUGAUUACUCUGCCGUGCCUUGGAAUGAUUGGUUUGCUGUGCCUCGGAAUGAUUGGUUUGCUGUGCCUCGGAAUGAUUGGUUUGCUGUGCCUCAGAGUGAUGGCCUCAGAGUGAAAAACAGUAUGACAAUGUCUAUGGAGGGCUUCGGGCCGGACAGUGUCUUCACUGUGAACGAGGACAACAGCCAAUACAGAAUCAGCAGGAGUCUGGUCCGCUCAGCAGAAGGAUGCACCGUACCGCUGACUAGAGUGAAAUGCCUGGUCUCCAUGACAACGCCUCACGACAUCAGGCUACACGGCUCAUCUGUCACGCCAGCCUUCGUGGAGUUCGACACCUCUCUAGAAGGGUUCGGUUGCCUGUUUCUGCCUAGUCUGGCACCCCAUAAUGCCUCUACCAACAACGUCAACACGUCGGGAGUCAGUGAAGGAGCAGUGGUCAGCGGGAUGGGGACCGGGGAGCGCCUGUUCCCACCUCCCUCGGGCCUGACCUACUCCUCCUGGUUCUGCAUCGAGCACUUCAGCACCGCGCUGCACAGCCACCCGGUGCGGCUGCUGACGGUGGUGCGUCGUGCCACGUCCUCGGAGCAGCACUAUGUGUGCCUGGCCAUUGUGCUGUCGGCCAAGGAUCGCUCACUCACCGUCUCCACCAAGGAGGAGCUUCUCCAGAACUACGUGGACGACUUCAACGAGGAGUCAUCCUUCUACGAGAUCCUGCCCUGCUGUGCCCGCUUCCGCUGCGGUGACCUCAUCAACGAGGGACAGUGGCACCACCUGGUGUUGGUGAUGAGUAAAGGCAUGCUUAAGAACAGCACAGCGACGCUGUAUAUCGACGGCCAGCUGGUCAGCACAGUCAAGCUUCACUACAUCCACAGCGUCCCGGGCGGCUCUGGGUCCACCAACCCCCCGGUGUUGAGCACGGUGUACAGUUACAUCGGCACCCCCCCUGCCCAGCGCCAGCUCUCCACGCUGCUGUGGCGCCUCGGGCCCACCCACUUCCUGGAGGAGGUGCUAACAGCCACCAGCGUCUCCACUGUUUACGAGCUGGGCCCCAACUACGUGGGCAGCUUCCAGGCUGUCUACCUGCCAUGUAAAGACCCCAAAGGAGAGGCAGCCCCCCCGUCCCCCGUGGCACUCGUCCCUGAGGAGAAGGUGUCCUUCAGCUUGUAUGCACUCUCUGUGUCUACCCUCACCGUGGCCAAAAUCAGGAAGGUCUACAACAAGCUGGACAGCAAGGCCAUCGCCAAGCAGUUGGCGGUUUCCUCUCAUGAGAACGCCACCCCAGUCAAGCUCAUCCACAACGCUGCUGGACACCUCAAUGGCCCUGCUAGGACCGUAGGUGCUGCCGUCAUUGGCUACCUGGGGGUCCGAGCGUUUGUGCCGAAGCCUGUGGCGACAAACCUCCAGUACAUUGGGGGUGCAGCCGCCAUCCUGGGCUUGGUGGCCAUGGCCUCAGACGUGGAGGGGCUGUACGCCGCGGUCAAGGCGUUGGUGUGUGUCGUCAAGAGUAACCCUUUGGCCAGCAAGGAGAUGGAGCGUAUCAAAGGCUACCAGCUCCUGGCCAUGCUGCUGAAGAAGAAGCGCUCUUUGCUGAACAGUCAUAUCCUUCACUUGACCUUCUCCCUAGUGGGCACGGUUGACAGUGGCCAUGAGACCUCCAUCAUCCCCAACUCCACUGCAUUUCAGGACCUGCUUUGUGAUUUUGAUGUUUGGCUCCACGCUCCUUAUGAACUGCACCUGUCUCUGUUUGAGCAUUUUAUUGAGCUCUUGACUGAAUCCAGCGAGGCGGCGAAGAACGCUAAACUCCUGAGGGACUUUCAGCUGAUUCCCAAACUGCUGCUGACGCUGCGGGACACGUCCCUGUCCCAGCCCACCAUCGCCGCCAUCAGCAGUGUCCUCAGCCUCCUGCUUCAAGGCUUUCCCAAAAGCUGUGACCUUCUCCGGUUUGGCCAAUUCAUUGCCUCCACUCUGCCCACGUUUGCGGUCUGUGAAAAAUUUGUCAUCAUGGAAGCCAACAGCGAAGAAAAAAUAGAUGGAACAAAUGAGGACGAUUUUGCCGGCCACCUGUCUGCCAAUCUCAUCCUCCUGAGGAACCGGCUCCUGGACAUUUUGCUGAAGUUGCUCUUCACCUGCAAGGAAAAGUGCACCGUGAAUGCACAGGCAUGCGAGGAACUGGUGCGCACACUGGGCUUCGACUGGCUGCUCAUGUUCAUGGAGGAGCACCUGCACUCCAGCACGGUGACGGCAGCCCUACGGAUCCUGGUGGUCCUGCUGAGUAACCAGUCCAUCCUGGCCCGCUUCAGGGAGGGGAUGUGCGGAGGCGGUUGGCUGGACCACACCGACUCCGUCAUCACUAACAAGAUUGGCACCGUGCUGGGUUUCAACGUGGGCAGGAACGCAGGCGGCAGGUCCACGCUCCGCGAAAUCAACAGGGAGGCCUGCCAUUUCCCAGGGUUCCCUGUUCUCCAGACCUUCCUCCCCAAGCACACCAAUGUGCCCGAGCUGUACUUCCUGCUAAUGGCGCUGUUCCUGCAGCAGCCCGUUACGGAGCACCCCGAGAACCUGCAGGUACAUUUUGACCUGGACUCCAUCUGGACGUUCAUCUUCGGCGUGCCCGCCUCCAGUGGUGCUCUGGUGGGCUCCAUCAGCACCAUGUGUACGGAGGCCGCCUUCCUGCUGCUGGCCAUGCUGCGCAGCAUGCUCAACCUGCCCUGGCAGUCAGAAGAGGAAGGCUCCUGGGUGCGAGAGUAUCCGCUCACCCUCAUGCAGUUCUUCCGUUACCUCUACCACAACGUGCCCGACCUGGCUCACCUGUGGGUCAGCCCUGACUUUCUCUGCGCCCUGGCGGCUACAGUGUUCCCCUUCAACAUCAGGCCAUACUCCGAGAUGGUCAGUGACUUAGACGAUGAGGUUGGCUCUCCUGCUGAGGAGUUCAAGGCCUUCACAAGUGAUACAGGCAUGAACCGCAGCCAGUCAGAGUACUGCAAUGUUGGCUCCAAGACCUACCUGACCAACCACCCGGCCAAGAAGUACGUCUUUGACUUCAUGAGGGUGCUGAUCAUGGACAACCUGUGCAUGACCCCAGCCUCCAAGCAGGUGCCCAUCAUUGACAUCUUGUUGGAGUCCUCUCCAGAGCGCUCAACUCGAACCCAGCAGAAGGAGUUUCAGUCCUACAUCCUGGACAGUGUGAUGGAACACCUACUGGCUGCAGAUGUCCUUCUAGGUGAGGAAGCAUCGCUGCCCAUCGCCAGCGGAGGGAGCUACACGGUCCUGGUCAAUAAUGUGUUCUACUUCACCCAGCGGGUGGUGGACAAGCUGUGGCAGGGCAUGUUCAACAAGGACUCCAAGCUGGUGGUGGAUUUCAUCGUGCAGCUCAUUGGCCAGUCCAAAAGGAGAUCCCAGUCCUUCUCUCUGGACUCCAUCUACCACUGUCUGAACCGGACCAUCCUCUACCAACUGUCACGGCCUCAAAAAACCGUUCCGCAGCAGGUGGCGCUGCUGGACGCAUUGCGCAUACUCACGGUCAACCGCAACCUGGUUUUGGGCCCUGGCAACCAUGACCAGGAGUUCAUCGCAUGCCUGGCCCAUUGUUUCAUCAACCUACACACGGGGAGCUGCGUGGACGGUUUUGGCCUGGAAGCUGAAGCCCGCAUGACCACCUGGCACGUUAUGAUACCGUCGGAGACGGAGGCUGAUGCCUCACACAGCCAGGACGUCAGCGAAGGUCGCCACCUCCUGCUGAAAGCAGUGAACCGCGUCUGGACCGAGCUCAUACACAGCAAGAAGCAGGCACUAGAGGAGAUCUUCAAGGUGCCCCUGCCAACUAACGAGCGCGGCCAUGUGGACAUAGUCUCUGCCCGGGCACACGUCGAGGAGCUGGCAGCGAAGAAUUGGCUGAACCACCUUGCGCACGAGAAGAAGUGCAUCAGCCGCGGGGAGGCAGCUGCCCCCGUCGCCCAGUCCAAGCUGUCGAGGGUCAGCAGCGGCUUUGGCCUGUCCAAGCUGACGGGGGCCCGGCGUAGCAGGAAGGAGAGCGGCAUCAACAAGAACAAUCUGUCGGCACAGGAGACCUUCCAGUGGAUGUUUACGCACAUCGCAGUGGUUCGGGACCUGGUCACCAUGCAAUACAAAGAGUACCAAGAGAGGCAGCAGAACGCCCUGAAGUAUGUGACGGAGGAGUGGGCCGGCAUCGAGUACGAGCUGCUGCGGGAGAGGGGCCUCUGGGGCCCGCCCAUCGGCUCCCACCUGGACAAGUUCCUGCUGGAGAUGACAGAGGGGCCCUGCCGGAUGCGCAAGAAGAUGGUCCGUAACGACAUGUUCUACAUCCACUACCCCUACGUGCCCGACAGCGAGCCCGACGUCAGCACCCAGAAACCUAUUCGAUACCGGAGGGCCAUCAGCUACGACAGCAAGGAGUAUUACAUGCGUGUUCUGUCAGGGAACCCCGGCAUGUACCAGCACUCCAUCGAGCAGAGCUCCGAGGGGGUGACCACGCAGCACGAGCCCGAGCACGGAGAGGACACCAUCGCCAGGGUCAAAGGUCUGGUGAAGCCGCCGCUGAAACGCUCGCGCUCUACGGCGGACGGGGGAGACGAGGACGGACCGGAGCAGCUGCAGGACCAGCUGCUGGAGUCUGGGGCCGUGGACGAAGAGGAGAAAACGGACAACACUACCCUCCUGAGGCUCCUGGAGGAGGGGGAGAAGAUUCAGCACAUGUACCGAAGCGCUCGAGUCCAAGGCCUAGACACCAGCGAGGGUCUGCUGCUGUUUGGGAAGGAGCACUUCUACGUGAUCGACGGCUUCACCAUGACGAUGAACAGGGAGAUCCGCGACAUCGAGACACUUCCUCCAAACAUGCAUGAGGCAAUCAUACCCAGGGGAGCGAGGCAGGGCCAGAACCAGCUGAAGAGGACCUACAGCAUCUUCGCCUAUGAAGACAUCAAGGAGGUGCACAAGCGACGGUACCUGCUGCAGCCAAUAGCAGUUGAAGUCUUUUCAGGAGACGGAAGAAAUUAUCUGCUGGCAUUCCAGAAAGGGGUCCGGAACAAAGUCUACCAGAGGUUCCUAGCAGUGGUGCCCUCUCUAGCUGAUAGCUCAGAGUCUGUCUCCGGCCAGCGGCCCAACACCAGUGUUGAACAAGGGUCUGGAUUACUGAGUACUCUGGUGGGAGAGAGGUCCGUAACACAGCGUUGGGAGAGAGGGGAGAUCAGUAAUUUCCAGUACCUCAUGCACCUGAACACACUGGCAGGCAGGUCCUACAAUGACUUGAUGCAAUACCCUGUCUUCCCCUGGAUCCUUGCAGACUAUGAUUCAGAGGAACUGGACCUGAACAACCCCAAGACAUUCCGUAACCUGUCCAAACCCAUGGGGGCUCAGACGGAAGACCGGCUGAUCCAGUACAAGAAGCGGUUCAAAGACUGGGAGGACCCUAAUGGUGAAACCCCUGCUUACCACUAUGGGACUCAUUACUCCUCUGCUAUGAUCGUGGCCUCAUACCUGGUUCGAAUGGAGCCCUUCACUCAGAUUUUCCUCAGGCUACAAGGAGGUCACUUUGACCUGGCGGACAGGAUGUUCCACAGUGUCCGGGAGGCAUGGCUCUCCGCUGCCAAGCACAACAUGGCCGACGUCAAGGAGCUCAUCCCUGAAUUCUUCUACCUCCCGGAGUUCCUCCUCAACUCCAACAACUUUGACCUAGGCAGUAAACAGAAUGGCACCAAACUCGGUGAUGUGAUCUUGCCCCCAUGGGCCAAGGGCGACCCCAGGGAAUUUAUCCGGGUUCACCGAGAGGCUCUCGAGUGCGACUACGUCAGCGCCCACUUGCACGAGUGGAUAGACCUCAUAUUCGGAUACAAGCAGCAGGGGCCACCCGCCGUGGAGGCUGUCAAUGUCUUCCACCACCUCUUCUACGAGGGCCAGGUGGACAUCUACAACAUCAACGAUCCACUGAAGGAGACCGCCACCAUUGGCUUCAUCAACAACUUCGGGCAGAUCCCCAAGCAGCUGUUCAAAAAGCCGCACCCACCAAAACGAGUGCGCAGCCGGGCCAACGGGGAGCCGGCGGGCAUGCCCACGGGCCUCAGCACCGCUGCCGACAAGAUCUUCUUCCAUCACCUGGACAACCUGCGUCCGUCACUGGCGCCCGUCAAAGAGCUGAAGGAGCCGGUUGGGCAGAUCGUGUGCACCGACAAGGGCAUCCUCGCGGUGGAGCAGAACAAAGUUUUGGUACCGCCCACUUGGAACAAAACCUUUGCCUGGGGAUAUGCUGAUCUCAGCUGCAGGCUGGCCAACUACGAGUCAGAUAAGGCUGUCGUCGUGUAUGAGUGCCUGUCAGAAUGGGGUCAGAUCUUGUGUGCCAUCUGCCCUAACCUAAAGCUGGUCAUCACCGGGGGCACCAGCACCGCCAUCUGCGUUUGGGAGAUGGGCACGUCCAAGGAGAGGGCCAAGAUGCUUACUCUCAAACAGGCUCUGCUGGGUCACACAGACGCGGUGACGUGCCUGACGGCCUCCUCGGCCUACCACAUCAUCGUCAGCGGCUCGCGCGACCGCACCUGCAUCAUUUGGGACCUCAACAAACUGGCCUUUGUCACUCAGUUGCGGGGCCACCGGGCCCCCGUCUCUGCCCUCUGCAUCAACGAGCUCACGGGCGACAUCGUGUCUUGCGCAGGUACCUAUAUCCACGUGUGGAGCAUCAAUGGCAGCCCCAUUGUGAGCGUGAACACCUUCACCGGGCGCAGCCAGCAGAUUCUGUGCUGCUGCGUGUCCGAGAUGAACGAGUGGGACACACAGAACGUCAUGGUGACCGGCCACUCGGAUGGCGUGGUGCGGUUCUGGCGGAUGGAGUUCCUGCAGGUGCCAGAGACCCCAGCCCCAGAACCGCUGGAGCCCUCUGAGGUGUCGGACUGCUGUGGCGAGGACAAGAUCGAAGGCGGCGAGACCCACGAGGAUGACAGCAGCGACUCGGACGGCGACGAGCAGAACGGCAGCCGGGAGCCCAAGUCUGGGCCGAGGCAGCCGGGGGCGGCGGCCCGUCCGAAGGGGCCCGCAGGUCGGCUCGGCGCAUCGUGGUCAGCCGACAGCGGCUCUGACGACUCGCGCCGCUGGUCCGACACGCUAAGCCUAGACGAGAAGGAUGGCUUUGUGUUCGUCAACUAUUCAGAGGGGCGGACACGAUCCGGCCUGCAGCAGCCCGCCAACCCCCACCCCCACCCCCCCCUGGGGCUGCAUGGGGGGGUACCACAGCCCCUCCAGCCUUCAUCAAUGGAGGCUCGUCCCUACAGCCAGCUGCGACCUGGCUGCAGAUGGGAGCGUCAGCUGGUCUUCCGCAGCAAGCUGACCAUGCACACGGCGUUCGACCGCAAGGACAACGCCCACCCGGCGGAGAUCACCGCACUCGCCAUCUCCAAGGACCACAGUAAGAUCCUGGUGGGCGACGGGCGAGGCCGGGUCUUCAGCUGGUCCGUGAGCGACCAGCCAGGCCGUUCGGCCGCGGACCACUGGGUGAAGGACGAGGUGGUGGACAGCUGCUCCGGCUGCACCGUGCGCUUCUCCCUGACUGAGCGGCGCCAUCACUGCCGCAACUGCGGCCAGCUCUUCUGUCAGAAGUGCAGUCGCUUCCAGUCGGAGAUCAAACGGUUGAAGAUCUCCUCUCCGGUCCGGGUUUGCCAGAACUGUUAUUAUAAUCUUCAGCAUGAACGUGGAUCUGAGGAUGGCUCAAGAAACUAGCUCUCCUGCACCGGACCUGACCUGACCACGCGCCCAGUAAAGCCACUGACCCAACCCUGACAAAAGAAGAUCUCAACCCAAAUCAGGAGCCCCUCUCAUUUUCCUUUGUAUUGUGUAAUAAUUCAUGGGGGAAAAAAAGAGCACAGAGAUUACGUUUAACUUUCUCUGUGUGGCAGAUGAUGGGGAAAUUGGGGGAAAAUAAUCUGAAACUUUUUGGUGGCUUUAGAAAUCACCCUUCACCCCCCCCCCCCCAUAAUGUUUUGCUGCUUUUGUUAACAGCCCUCUAAACACCAUCAAGGAAUCACUCGCUUUUUAGAUUUUAGAUAGACAACAUAUUUAGGCCUCCCUUAGAAGAGCAAUGAAGCUGUUUAUAUUGUAAAUAAAUAUGAUGGCCUUUUUAACUAGAACAAAAAAACCCCUCUUGAAGAUGAGUUUUGCCUACAUAGGAACUUAGUAUGAAACAGUUCUGGGGGUAGAGAGAGUUUGUCUUUAGUCUGUCACAGAAACGAAGUGAAAAGGAAGGGCACUAUGAAUGUUAUUGGAAAAGAGAUUGGUUAAAUGCAAUUUUUUAUAAACAUUUUUGUUUACAGUAUUUGUUUUUGUUAAUAUGUUGCCCAUGGUACCGGCAUGAAAUCACAUGCUAACAAAGUCAUUCUGACUACAAUCAUGGAUCUUUUUCGAUGUUUGGGAUAUAUUUAUUUCUUCUGCAGCUUGCGGUGAAUUUGGGAUCCGAUUAUCUUCCGAGCUGGUGGGGAAACUAUUCGGAAACAUAUCAGAAAGUUUUUCUGUAUCUGUCCUCAGGUUUCUUUUAUACAGAAUUGCAAUGAUACAUUUGAGGGCGACAGCCUAUUAGCUGUUCAUAUUUUAAAAUACAAAGUCAAACUUUUAUACUAUGACAGGGCUAAAAUAAAAGAACAAAAAAAUUUGGUGAGUGCAGUUGGUAAUAUUGUACCUGUUGUGGCCUGUCUUUGUGGAUGUGGACAAAGGGAUUCUUAUUGGUUUUUAAUAGAUAUUUAAUUAUACAUGUAGUAUAUUUGGUAAAAAGUAUGGCUCUGUAAUAAAAUGUACGUAGAGAAAAACUUUUUAGGUGAGGGUAACGAGUUACUGACUAAUUCUGUGGAUGCUGUUAAGGGGUGCCUCUGAUUUUGAUUUUAAAACUUGGAGAAUAUGCCCUCGCUCAUCAAAAUAUUUGGUCGCAAAAAAUAUUGCAGCUUCAUAUAUUGACUUUUUUCAUUACAUUUCUCAGUGAUUAAAAUACAUGUGUAUUAAAAGGCAUUUGAAAGAUACUGAAACAUAGUAACUUGAAGCUAACUGAAGCAUGUGUGCCAGUAUAAAGGUGUGUGUCUCCUCUAAAUGUCAUGAAUUGCUGGUACUGUGGGCAACAAAACUGUUAUUUUAAAUGCUGCUUUAACAAUUAGAAAUGUUUUUUUUUCCUUCCUCAAAUGUUCAGGUCACUUUCACAGACGUUUCGUCUGAUGUAGCGCAACUGCAGCCCAUUUCUGAUAUAGCCUUAGAUUAGACUUUCUCUCUUAUUGUAUAGUGUGCAGUCUUAUAUCAUUAUUCAUGUACUGUAUGUAUAUCUAGCUUACAAUUAUGACAUCAGACUAAUUGGAUAUGCUGCUGAUUGGCAGCUUCCAAAACUAGGUGGCAAAAAUGAUCUGGGCAGUUUUGCACCACUUUGUGUACAAACAAAGGAAAAAUCUUAUCAGAUGUGUUUCCUUUUAGGCGCUAUGGUUGAAGGUUGUAUUUCUUUACAGAAAAACAAACUGUACAAAGUAUUUAUGCAAUUAUAUUGGUUUUAACAUUUUUAUACUAUCAUUUCAGCAAGUUUUGUUACUUGUUGCAUGUCUAAUAACACAGCUGACUUUCUGUGUCAGUGCAAUGUACAUGUUUUAUGUUUUUUUCUUUAUUUUUCUUUUGAUUGUUUGAUUUCCUAAGGCAUUAACUAAUUACUUAUCCCUGAAAAAGACUUUUUGUGUACAGUAAUGACUACAGGAUAGCAGAAAAGUGGAAAGGGGUGAAUUUUGUACAAAAUGAAAAUGGACAGAUUAAAUCAUUUGAUUAUUUUUGGUGGUCUUGUGCUAGACUACAUUACUACAGUAUCUAGUGUGCAGUCUGUGAUAGCUGAAUGUUCAUUGUAUAUUUGUCUUCAGUACAACUACAAAACAAAGAGUAGAUUAACCCAAAAGAAAUAUGUAACUAUAAUGCAAUAGAUCUGGUACAUCUUUUUUAUUUCAAUUAAAUUCCUGCUAUUUACCACCAGAA